UUUCUCUUCUCUCCUCUAGUCAGUCAGUCGGUCUUCAAUUGAGGUGGCUCGCAUGCUGACAGACGAUUUAGCCAGUCAGUCCUCUUGUGGGUUUAGAUAGAUAAGGUGAGGGCUUUUUGGAUUGGAAUUUUUCGCAGGGUACAGUAAGGCUGUCGUUGACCUCGAGCAAGACAGUGACAAUCGCGUCUCGACUUUUAACUAUUAAAGACACUUGAAGAAGGAACAACGGGUCAAACUGUCAAAUGGCAUCACGAUUUUAAAGCACUUGACGAGCACGAGUAGUUUAGUUCUGGUUCUUGUAGUUGUCGUUUUGGUCCCUAGUGUGCUUUAUGUGCCGUGCCAUACUCUGACAGCUCUUUUGUCACUACAGCGACUUGCUGCUUGUGAUGGUUGCGUGCGCUGACGUUGUGGCGCUUUGUCCGUGGACACUGGCGAAGUGCGCUGGAGAGAUUUAGCUGUAUUACAUCAGUGCACCAAGUGCGACAGAGAGAGAAAGACCACAGCGGGAUUCGGGUGAAUGGGAGGGGUGUUCAAGUUUAAGAUUUGCAGUAGUCGCUCGAGGAGCGUUGCGCACCAUUUAGUAUAGAGACGCAUUCAUGGCAUGCGACUGUGACCGCGUCCCAUUGCCUAUCUAACUUUGAACUAGCAAUUGAAGUGAAGCGACGAUCGAGACGAUGGCGGAGUCAACCCUGGAGUCUGCUCUGGACGUUGCCAUUGAUCCGGAUUUCGAGCCGCAGAAACGGCCGAGGUCAUGCACUUGGCCACUGCCUGAGUCCAGCUCGGCGAAGCCUGCGUACAAUGACGUUGACAUAAUUCCUGAGGAAGAGGACGAUGAGGAUGACUGCGCGAUGGCAAUCAACGCCAAUGGCGUGGGUGAAGGAGAGGACAGCUGCAGUCCGAGCCUGGCUACAAGCGGGCAGGAGAACACUGGUUCUCCGCUUUCCUCUCAGCUGGCUUCUGCGAACACUGAGAGCCCAGGGGCGAGCGGUCAGGGCAGCCAACCGCAAACUCCCCGGAAGACCUCCUCGCGGCGUAACGCCUGGGGAAACCUGUCCUACGCAGACCUUAUUACUAAAGCCAUAGAGAGCACACCGGACAAGAGACUGACCCUGUCUCAGAUAUACGACUGGAUGGUCAGAAGCGUCCCGUACUUUAAAGACAAAGGCGACAGCAACAGCUCCGCUGGUUGGAAGAACUCCAUCCGUCACAACUUGUCCCUGCAUAGUCGUUUCAUCCGUGUACAGAACGAGGGAACUGGGAAGAGCUCUUGGUGGAUGAUCAAUCCUGAAGGGGGUCGGGGAGGCAAAGCACCAAGGCGACGUGCAGUCUCCAUGGACAAUAAUAACAAAUACACCAAGAGUGCACGUGGGCGUGCGGCCAAGAAAAAGGCAGCACUGCAGGCGACCCAAGAGGGUUCGCUGGAGAAUGUAUCUGGUGGCAGUCUGUCCAAAUGGCCAGGAAGUCCCACUUCCCGCAGCAGUGAUGAACUAGAAUCCUGUUGGACUGACUUCCGCUCACGAACUAACUCCAAUGCUAGCACCCUGAGUGGACGCCUGUCACCCAUUCUUGCCAAUCCAGAGCUUGACGAUGUCACAGAUGGGCCUCCUCUCUCCCCAAUGCUCUACUCCAGCCCCAGCAGUCUUUCUCCUCCCUCAUCCGCCUCAUCAAACUCCAAAACCUGCCCAGCUGAACUUCCAGGACUAGCUGAUCUGACUUGCACAAUGAAUCUCAACGAGGCUGACAACUUAAUGGAUGGUUUGUUGAACAACAUCAACACACAGGGGCAGGUACAAGUUCAAGGAGGUUCUGCUUUUACCUUCAGCACCAAAACCACCACUUGCCCCUCAAGCUCCACUUCAUCCCUAACUGGGGGAAACAACAGUGCAGGACUCGCCAACCCCAUUUUUGGGCCUUCACCGGCAGGCCUUCGUCAGACGCCCAUGCAAACCAUCCAGGAAAACAAGCAAACGACAUUUUCUGGCAUUUCUGGUUUUGGGAACUCGCUACAGGAGCUUCUGAACUCUGAUUCAUUAGGUUCUCAUAAUCAUAGUGAUGUCAUGAUGACGCAGUCGGACCCGCUCAUAUCACAGGCCAGUACUGCCAUCACCUCUCAAAACUCUCGCCUUCGCAAUGGCCUCAUGCUCCGUAAUGACCCCAUGAUGUCAUCAUUUAGCUCUGUGUUAAAUGGUCGAAGUAGCCAUCUCCAGAUUAAGCAACAUCAUCCUGGGUCAAGUGGCCAGGGCUCUUUGCGUUCCCUCUCCAACAACAGGGUUCAAAGUCUAGCUAACGAUGCUAAUAAUAUAGUCUCUGCAAAGCAGCACCUCCAGCCACAGUCCUCUUUGUUGAUGAGUGAGACACUUUACUCUGGGCUGAAUGGAGGUAAUGGGAUGGGGAUCUCAGGAUCAGACCGGUUUCCUACAGACUUGGACCUGGACAUGUUUAAUGGGAGUCUGGAAUGUGAUGUGGAUUCCAUAAUCCGCUCAGAUCUAAUGGACUCUGAUAGUCUGGAUUUUAACUUUGAUGCAUUGAUGCAAAAUGCUGUUAGCCUGAAUCCUGUAGGAAACUUCACUGGGACAAAGCAGUCCAAUCAAAGCUGGGUGCCUGGCUGAGAGCAUUUAUAUAGGCUCAUGCAGUGAAAACAACAAAUUAAAGAAUAACUUAAUCCUGCACAAAAAAUCCAACAGACUUGAAGUAUCCUUUGCCAAGUAUGCUGUCUGCAGCAAGCACUGGAUGAAAUGCCUGUUAACAGGCCUAUCUGACUACAACAUCGCCAAGAUGUUUACCUUCAGUUCAGCAGACCCAGUUUAUAACAAAAGACUGCCCAAUGGAGAAACAAACAGAAUAGUGAACUCAAAGUUCAUUAUGCAACAUUAUGCAAUGUUUGAAACAAAAAUGAUUAAAUGUUUAAAGAGAACCGGAGCCCUGAUGUAGCUUUUCUCUCAUAAUCUACUUUUCUUUGGGUAGGGUCUCUAUAGUCUUUCUCUGUUUUCCCAACAUUUUUCUUAAAUGAUUGGCAAUUUUUGUCAUCCUCUAAGCACUAAUUUUGUCAUUGAUCAAUGUGAGAAUACAACAAAUAACCUGGUGUAGUAAUCAGGUGAAGUAAUGUAGCAUUAUAGACACGAUGCACUUCACCUUUUGCUUUCAUUUUUUGUUCAUUGUUACCUUACAGAAGUUAGCUCCCAAUCUAAAAUAUAGUUGCCUCAUAAUAGUAACAAUACAUAAAUAAUCAUCACUUUUUGAUUUGACUUAAUAUAACUCUAUAAGUAAUUAAUUUGUGUGUAAUGUCUAUAACUGAAAAAGUGACAAAAUUCAAAGCUUAGCAGGUGGAUGCAUUUAUUUAGCCAUAAAAGCUAUGUCUGGAAGUUAAACAUAUAAAUGUAGCCAAAAGUAUGAAAAUUAAUAAACAAUAUUUACAUUUACUUGCAUUGUGGACAUUUCCAUGCCAUACCAGGUGCUAAAUGAUCAGUGUUGAGCCCUGUGCUUUAUUAUUAAAGCCUCUGUGGCAUUUGUGUUUCCCUGGUCACAAGGACAUAGCAUAAAUGAAUAGCAUUAGCAAAUGGCAGCAUUCAACGACGGAUGGGACUUUCCUCUGGAAGCCGUCUUUACUGAGCGAACACAAUAAGCUAUCUUUUGUAUAUUUGCCAAAUUACUUGAAAAUAUAGGAGAUGCUGGCAGCCAAAAUCACAGAACACAAAAAGUGAAAUUUGGGGACUUUUUUUGUUCCUAUAUGCAAAAUGCAUCACUAUUGCUCAGGGGAGAGUGGGGUCUCCAUUACAACACCAGAGCCUCAUCUUGAUUUAACUGCAACCUGGCUGUAUACAAUUAAAACAAUGUUUUAUGAACAUUUGUACAUGAAUCAACAGGAAUCCAUCCUGUGAUGUUGUCAGUUUCUUGAUGUCUUUACUGGGGGGUGGGCAGAGAGGAUUGUCAUCGUAUUAAACAUUGUUUUGUCCCAUUGUUAUUAUCACAAAUCAUGUACAAAUCUUAAUGUUUGGUGUUUUUGACCCUUCAUUGCAUACGUCCAUGCAUGCAUGUAAAUGUGCAUAUGCAUCGUGUGAAAUGCAUAUAUACACAUUCUGCUAUACUUAUGUAAUGUAGUGAUAAAACUGAUAAAUCUUUCACAGUACAUGUUUUAAAUAAAAUCAUGAAACUGUUAUAUGGGGAGUUGGUCAGACAUGAUUUAUAGCGGUGGUGUCAAACUCAGUUUAGAUUGUGGGCCAGAUCAGAUUAAAUCUAAUUCAGGCCAGGUUUUAUAUUGUGUUGCAUACUCAUAAAAUGGGGUGACAAUAAUCAUUUACCAUGGUAUUUAGGGAAUAUUAAUCAAACAAUAUUAACAAGAAACUACAGAAAACAGCACCAGGUCACGAUUUAAGAAACUGUACAGAGACUUUUUAAUUACAAACCAGAUUCUCAAAGUCUGACAGUACUGAAUUAGUUAGGGGCGGUUUACAUUUCACGUCUAAACCCGUGCAUUUUGAAAAGUUAAAGUAUUUUCAACGGGCUGCGGCAAAGCCGUGCCUGAAAAAAAGAGCACCACAUGCGUGACGCGACCGCGUCGCUCUCCAUUUGAGCACGCUUGCCAUGCGGCUACAUUCGAAAUGAUAUAUUUGCACGCGCAAAAGACACCAAAUGUGAAUCUUCCCUAAUAAUGUACCAUAGCUUAUGUAGAAUUUCACGAAUUUAUUACCCCUACAUUGUACCUUGUACAUCAUCUCUUCAGCAUAAUUUUACUUUUUGUUCCUAGAUCAUCUCACAGGCCAGACUAGACGCCCCACAGACCUUGUGUUUGACACCCCUGGUUUAUAGCAUGACCCCACACCCAUUUCUGCCUUCCUUGUCUUCAUUAUGUGUUUCAAAGUAACAAACUGUAGCUGAUGACAUUCAGUACGCAGUGAAGUGAUAAAAAUCAUCCAUAGAAAACACUUUACCCUAUGAAUUGAUUCAUAUAAUUAAAAUAUCAUUAUUGCCCCCAUAACUUGCCUUGCAUGUAUUCUUACACCUCAUUUAAAUUGGAAGAAAUUGUUUUUUCAAACCACUGUCUUCCCAAUUAAAACCAGUCACAUCUUUAAACGUUACAGGUGUUAUUUACUAUACCCGUAGUGAUAAUCAGCAUACCACUAUUCUUGCAUUUUGUCACCCUGAUUAUAGCCUUCCUUCCUCCCUCAUCUCCUUCUUAUUACCUUUGCUCUUUUUCCUCUUUAUCUCAUUGUCAUAUGGCUUCUCUACUAGACGUUUGUGAGUAUUUUUCCUGUGUACUCCAUUUGAAUUGUAAUCUAGUUUGUAUAAGAAAUGGUGCGCAUGUAAAUAAAGCUUGGUUGAGCUA